UGUUUAGACAAUGGAAAUCCAUAGUUAGAUAUGAACUGUGGGUUUUAUUUAUAUUUGUACGUGUGGGUGUGUGGUGAUGCGUUGCUGUGAUAUUAGAGGUCGGUUCAAAUAAAUCCAUCAAGCUGGCGGGCAACGUGGAGAUCCGCGUGGGGCUGUUGGUGCCCUUGCAGCUGGAGCGCGAGGAUAGCGGCAUUGACAGCGAGGAUGCCGCCUGCGUGCCCGGCAUGCGCUUCCCUGAAGCCAACAACUUUGUGGACUCGAGCAGCAGCGAUGACGAAUUUAUUAUGGAUGCGAUUCGCGACGAAAGGAAUAAUGCGAAGCACAUCCAAGACGCUUGGAUGGAUUUCGUCGGGAUGGAUUACCCAAUGGUGCCGUUGGUGCGACGGGAAAUUGCUGUCGACUCUCAGUCGGUUGACCGCAGCAGUCCUGACAGGUCGUCCCCACUGUAUGAAGUCGAACUCACUGCUUCCGAUGAAGAUGACGACACGUCCAACGUGGAAGUUGUUAUACCGAUAAAUAAUCAACAGCGCAAGAAGGUAUCAACUACAGAAAUAUUAUUACAAAUCUUUUUCGACAUAAUCUGCUGUCUACCUAAUCGUCUCCCACUGUCGUAAAUCGUGAUACAACAUCCCGCAGCACUAACCUAUACAUGGAUAGGCUAUAUCCGUGGUAUUUUGUAUCUAUUUGAUCUUCGUCAUUUUGACUCUGACAGUUGCGAUUGAUAGCGGUGUUGGGGAUUCACACUAAUAAUAGAGAUAGUAUUAACAAUCAAGAACUUCAGAAAAGCUGUCAUUUCCAAGCAAUAGCCUAUCCAUUUAUAGAGAUCAGUUCUCCGUAGAGAAAGUCACAUUCGAUUAAUAAUUUCCACAAAAUGUGGUGAUAUGUAAACAAAUAAAUACUUGUCAAGCAAGUGAUAGAUAGAGAUGUCACUUCUAUACAUUUUUGACUUCUUUAUUAACCAUCCCGAUAAUUCAAUGUUACUAAGACGAAGGUUUGU